ACAGGAAUUCUCAGCAUGAGACAGAAACACUGGUGUGGGAUGACGGCCAAAACAGGCACCGUGUUAGCAGGGGUUUUUACCAUCGUAGCCACUGACAUGUACCUCAUCUUCGAACAGAAGCCACUGAGGAGCAGCCAUUGCACUGAGGUUGACCAAUGGAACGAGAGUGUAAUUCUCCUGAUACGUCAGUUCCUCAUCUGUGGGAGUUUGAAUAUCGUCCUCUUCCUAUCUUGCAUCACCAUCAUCAUCAGCUGCUUGCUCAUGUACUCAGUGUACGCCCAGAUGUGCAGGGGCUUGGUGGUCUGCAUCAUCUGGAUCUGUUUCUAUGAAACUGUAAACACUGUACUACAAAUCCUUACCAACAGUGACACCAGCAUUGGAGAGGUCAGAGUCAUGCGCUGGUUUGGUUUGGUGUCCCGUAUAUUCAUGCACUGUUUCUGGAUGUUCUUUGUCACCACUUAUGCCCACAUAAUCUACAAAAGUAAAGCCCAGGGCAAUAUAAUUUUCUACAACAGAUGUAUUUCUGCAGGCAGUACAGAGUUCCCACGGCGGAAAUCAAAGAUAAUCAACUUUACCCGCCACUAUAAUGAAUAA